UUUGAAGCAAUUUUACCAGUGAGGACUGUAAACUCUCAAACCAGGAAACAUGGGUUUGGAAGUUGUUCCUCCAAAUGCCCUUGUCCUGAAGUUCCCAGAGUCUCCUCUGGUCCUUCUGCAGCACGGCGUGGAGCCAGAAGAUUGGACUAAAUCGAGUUAGGGCAAAUGGCCACUGUGCAGAGGCAGAAAUAAAGGGGUCUUAUUCAGUCGCCAGGAGCAUCCUGUCUUCUAUCAGGCAGAUCUGGAGACAUGCCAGCACCCGCCCUGCUGGUGAAAAGGCAGCAUCUCAGCACACGGAGUUGACAAGUGCGCCUCCCCCUCCAAACGCUGUUUGACAUACCCGUCGUUAUAAGCUGCAGCCUCUGGCUGUUUCUUUUUUUUAAAAAAGGCAAGCUCAAAACCACACAUCUCACAUUCUGCACAGCGACCGUGCAGGCGGUACGACAGGAACCUGCAGCGCCAGCGGAAUCUCUGCCUAUCUCUGAAUCGCUCUGGAGACGAGCGGUUUGCGCGUAAACGGCACUGGGCAUUACCGCCGAGGAAAUACUCCAAUUCUUGGAUUGUAUCUUCAUACACUCAAAGGACAGCACCGAGGGAGAGCAGCAGCUGCAGCGCUGACUCUAUCCUCAGAUGCGCUAACAUUUAUUGGGACUUGAGCGCAUGAACGCACCUGUGGACGCACCAGCCACAAACGCGCCCUAAUGAUUGCACCCGAAUCUUUGGAAGAGAAAUCAAUCAGAUUCAGUUGAUACACGCUUCGGGGGGGUUUUAUUUUUGUAUUUUGUUAUUUUAGGUCAAAGGCGGCACGUUUCUAAUUUAUUAUUCCAGUUGGGAUUUUUUUUUCCAGACAUGCUGCUUAGCGUUUCCAUCCUGGUGCUUCCCCUGCUGAGCAUCAUCACCGGCGGCGGCUCCUCGUAUGUACCGUGUGAGCCGUGCGACCAGAAGGCUCUGUCCAUGUGUCCGCCGGUGCCCGUCGGCUGCCAACUGGUGAAGGAGCCGGGCUGCGGCUGUUGCCUUACGUGCGCGCUCGAAGAGGGCCAGGCUUGCGGCGUGUACACCGGGCCGUGCACGCGAGGGCUCCGCUGUCUGCCCAAGAACGGCGAGGAGAAGCCGCUGCAUGCACUCCUGCACGGCCGAGGAGUGUGCAGGAACGAGAAGUUGUACAAACUGAUGCACCCAACCAGAGGAGGUCCAGAUGGUGCCCUGCUUCCUGUACCUGAAUCUGUGGUGCCCCAGACUAAAGUGCCCAUAUUUGGAAGGGACCCCAUCAGCAGUCGGAAGGCUCAGGCCAUGAAGCAGGCUAAGGAUCGCAAAAAGCAGGUGGCCAGACUGGGUUCAUCCCCUAACUUGGAGUUCCCCCCUCUCAGUGUGGACAAACUGGACCCUGAGUUUGGACCGUGCAGAAGAAGACUUGAUAAUCUUAUUCAGAGCAUGAAAGACAGCUCUCGGGUAUUGGCUCUGUCCUUGUACAUUCCAAAUUGUGACAAGAAGGGUUUCUUCAAGCGCAAACAGUGUAAACCUUCCCGUGGUCGUAAAAGGGGAAUCUGCUGGUGCGUCGAUCGGUUCGGGGUCAAAAUCCCAGGCAUUAACUACACAGGCGGAGACCUGCAGUGCAAAGAUCUGGACAGCAGCAGCAACAUCAACGAAUGAGACUGACAGCUGCGGUGGUUGAGUCACUGAGCCCCCCAGGCCCCAUCUGCUCCAAACCUGCCAAUCAAAGCUCCGGUACACUUUAUGACUGCCAGUCAGGAGAAGACAGCACAAUGCUAUGGUCAGGUGUGAUGGACUGUAUUAUUAUUUUUAUUCUUCUUUUCAUGGGGAGUCAAAGUGAAAAGCUUACUUAGAUAAAGGUCUCCUCACUGUCUGUGUACCAUUGUUCGAGGUUAGCUAACGCCUCCUCUCUUCAUAUCCAUAUAGAAAUAGAGAAGUCUAUAUAUUUGUAUGAUGUAUGAUAUUAAUUACGUGUUGUGAAUACGAGACAAAACAUUUUCAUAAUGUGGCAUUAUUAUUUUUUUUUUUUUGCUGUUGUUUUUCUGAUUGGAGCAAAACUGGGACAAGUUGGAGACACAGUCGGUGAGUAGGUGCUUUUUUGAAUGGCCAAUUUGAGAAGAGAAGCUGGUUGUAUGACAUUUGAAGCUCAACUAUCUUAGUAUAUUAACUACGCAGCACUGUUAAUACUUACAUGCACAGUUAAGUUACACUAACAGCCAGACUGGGCAGUGCUUGCCUCAGUAUAAAAGAAUGGGAGGGGGACGAUUUUGCUACAAAAGAAGCAGUUAGAUUCCUUUCAGCCAGUUAAUGCCAGGCUAUUUUCAGUUGACCCGUUAGCUGUUAGCAAUUUAAUUACUCUGUCUAUUUAGUGCAUGCUAUGACGUUGACUCUGUCCUUUAUGGUUAUGGUGUUAUGGUGUUAUUUAAGAGUAAACACUGAUACCGUGCUAGCAUGCUCAAUUGAAAGGGUGGUCUUUGUUGUCAAAGGUCUAGGAGGUGAUUGUGGGUCAUUAGCAGUGCUCCUAAAAAGUCCCAAAGGGUCAAGUUCAACACGUGCAACUUUAGCAGUGCUAUUAUUUGCUUAAAAUAACAUUUGUUAGGUGUAAAUUGCACUGCGUCCAUUUUUCUUUUUACCACCGUGAGCCAAAUCAGGUACCACAGAGCCAACUGAAGCAUAAGGGAAUAGUUUAAAUCCUAAGAAAAUUCCGGCUCAUUCAAGGUAGACUUUUUUGAGUUUAGCAUUAGCACGGUGGAAUUGAAAUCCUGCAGCUAGCACAUCCACAAACCAUUGUUUUGUAAUAUUGGGCUGAUUCUCCCAGGGAUGUUGUGUGUGUUUUUGUAAGUAACAUGUGGAUUUAAGGAGAAUAAGUGAGAAAAUAAGAAGAAACAAAAUGCAUAAAAAAAGUGCAGCGUGGUUGUACUACUCUCACAUGAUCCACCUGUCAAUGCUGAGCAGCGGACAAUCACUUUGACCCACUUUUUGUCUAUUUUCUCUCUCUUCCUGACCAAAAGCUUUUGAUAAAUAAGUCAGGAUUAU